AUGGCUGCCGCCGCUCAAGCUCCCCAACAGUGGGUCGCGCCGACAGGAGAAAAAGCGUAUCCCACGAUUCAGGUGAUCCUCGGGUGUGCCCCAGAGGACGGGAACGCGGAUCUAGCGUACAAGAUUUUGGGCCUACACAGCAGAACAGCCGCUGCACCAGUAACCAGACCGCCAGCCCACGAGUUCGUGGCUUGGUGCAACCGUUUGAUCAAGAAAGUAUGCCAAGAGGGGAUGAUGGCAGACCCGGGGUCCGUCGCCAACCGGCGGUACCUCGAGGCCGGCAGACGGGUCCGGUCGGCCAUCCGAACCAUUGCUGGGAUCCGACGGCCAGGACACGAGGAAUGGCAGCCUUUUCGAUAUACGCGGAUUAGCCACUGGGGGCCCAACGGCACUUGUGACGAUGCGCCUGUCGAUUUGACGAUUGCCAACUGGGAUCAGCAUGUGCCUACUCCUGCGACUUACCAGGUUUUUCAGGCGACGUAUGGGUCUGAUAGGCAGGCGGACAAGGAUAAGCGGAAGCAGGAUCAUCGGAUGAUGGGGAAGACGUGGAUGGCGACGAGGAAUAUGCUUCGGGACGCAAGAGAGCGGGAGGCGGAGGAGUGGAUGGAUCUUGAGGCUUGUUAUGGGUUUCGGGCCAGGCCGGUUUUCAGGUUCACGGGCAAUGAUCCUGACUAUUGGGACGCUGACUUGGAGGAAGAGGAUAGCAGGGAAGAAAGUAGUGAGGAGCAGGAAGAAGACGACGAGGAGCUGGAAGAAAAUGACGAGGCGCAGGAAAACGACGACGAGGAGCCAGAGGAGAACAACGAUACGCAGGGCAAGGGCAGAAGUCCGAAGGGAAAGGGUAAAGAUCCACUGUUGUACGGCGUUGAUCGGGAUGAGGAAGACAGCGAGGAGGAGCCCAUUGAGAAGCCUCUCCCCUAUACCUUCUUCGCGAGCCCUGUACCGAAGGGCGAGGAUAGUUUGUGGUAUUCUCUCUCUCUCCUUGUUCAUAACCGGUAUGAUCUCGCAAAGAAAAUCAAGUUUAGGAUGGCCAACUGGUUUCAUUACCAGCUGUCGAACCCCGGCUCACGCCGCUUCCGGAUGUAUUGUCAACUCCUCGUGGACUCGGGUGCAUCUGUGUCCAGUGACGACAUCGAGGACUGGGGCCCUCAAGACCUUAUACGUUGCCUCAACAGGAACGAUCGGGACGCUGGCCAACCUAAAGGGCCCGGGUAUCACGAGAUGCUCUAUCUCAUCGCGGAUUUCUUCGGGACCGAGGUGAUCACUUUCACUCGUCCCGACGAACCCCGCGAGCCGUGGUCUCGUCCAGGGACUCCGGUCACAGUGGUGCCAGAGCCGCGCUAUGGGGAGGGUAGCCCGUCGGAACUGCUUACCUCGUGGUCUUCCAGUCCCGAGGCCUCUCCAGAGCGAGACGGACAGGCAGGUCCUUCUGGUGCCCAGCCCAACAGCGAGGGAGUUGCGCCGGGGAAGACAUCCAACGAAGAGGGGUUUGUCCUAGACCCCAAGAACCAAAAGAGAGAGCAGAUUCUCCUCGUCACUGACUCCAAACUAAGUUACUUCCAGCCUGUCACGCGUGUAAGUCCCGACCUAGAUGGAGCGACAAAAGGCGGUCGUUACAUCGGAACGAGUCCCUACCAAGUCUGGGAACGCUGGCCGCCGAUGCCGUGGUGGCCGGGGGCUAAAUACAACAAGAGCAGUAAGAAGUGGGUGGGCGACUGGUCCAGGACUCUUGGGCGUGAGAGCCUCACCGAAGCGGAGCGGUUGGUGAUGAAGCCAACAUAUAUCUGCAGAGGUGUUGAGGACCUUGCAAGCGGGAGGACGAUUCAGGGUCGGUACUUCGAAGCGGAGCCACCGCGUGAUAACCCGCAGAAUCAGUCAUACUAUGACCAGCUGCUCACCUACGAAGCCGACACGGAUACAGACAGGUAUGGGUACGAAUAUCCCACCCUAGCCGUCAGGAAAACCUGGACGACCGAGAAUGCCCUAGCCGGCCAGGCGGACUCGCCGCUUGUUCGGGAACAGUGGAGGGCCCGAACGGGUGGGACCGAAGAGCAGACGUACCGGUCCAAGGCGCACUCUGAGAGCCGGAAGCGUACGCGCGAGGAGUACGCUGAGAACGAGGGGCUAGGGUAUGACGAAGAUUAUGGGUGGUUGAGGAUCGAGGCGACGGAGAAGGAGAACAAGGUGAGGGCUUGGUAUGAUAAUUCUAAAAAGAGGAGGAAGGGCAUGUAUUACUGA